CAAUCAGGCGUUAUAAAAGCCCUGCACCCCUUUCAAUUGAACGAUCACCAUGGAUCCCAUACAACCCAAGCACUCGCCUGCACACACACAUGAACCAACUGACAGCUCGGCACUUUCUGAAGUAGAAAGCUUAUCUGACUCUGAGUGGCUCGAUGUCGCUAGUGGCCGUGAGUCUGACAGUGACUCGAUCUAUUCGUCCAGGGGGACAGAUCAAGGACGAACAUCUUCCCGUUCAAGGUCAAGACGCUCAUCAAUUAGCUACGGAAGCUCAAGAGACGGAGAUGUUGAUGCUUGGGAAGGCUUAAUUGAAGACAGUGCUGACGAGGGUCUUGUACCCGAUGUCGUCCGCCCGUCUAGCUCUCCAGUCGCCUUCAACCGAAGCUCCUUUACUACUCUGACUGACGAAGAUGGUGACGAUGCUACAGAGGAGCAGCGAGUUAAAGAGGGUCUAGAUCAGAGCAUGAUCAGUACUCUGAGCUCCUCUCGUUCAAGCUCGGUUCACGCAUCCACAGUGAUUACUUCAUCGCGCGAUUUACGCCUAUCCUUCCCAGAUCCCAUCACCAGCUCGCAUGAAGAACUCUCCAACACUUCCUUCGAGGACAUAUUAUCACUUUCCUCUGGUGUCACUUUUGCUGACCCAGACUCCGAUGUCACGGAACCGGAGGCACCAGACUUGUCUCACACGCCUGAGAGCUCUCCAGCGCCCAUAACCAUUGAUGAUGCAGUGCCCGCCUUACUCAAUUCUGACCUGAAUGUUUUCCUCUACGGGUCCCAUCAUUCACGUAAAUGGUCCCUUGUGUCCAAACUUCUCGAGAAAGCUGUUCGUGGUGCUCGUCUCACCAUUGCCACACCUGUCGAGGAGAUGAACGGCGCUGUUCGGCAACUUAAUAUCGAGGGUAGAACGGACCGGAGCCUGUUUUACCCUCGCGUUGUCACAAUUAUCGACCGGACCAACUCGACUCAAAGUGACAGGGAAGAUCCAAUAGCCGAUUUUUCCACAGAUCACCCAAGUUUGGCUAUUGUUUUCCUUCCAUCUUCACCUCUGCAGCUCCCGGAGCAUACAUCGUAUCUUCCUGUCCUUGUUCCGGUUCCUUGCACUAUAGACGGUCUACAGUCUGAGGAUGCGAUACGCAAUUCUGCGCAGGAGAAGUGGGACUUAUUUAAUGUCCCUAGUGACAGGGUCCUUCGACUGAACGACGAAGUUGCUCCAUGCGUUGUGAACGCCGAUGUGAUUGAAAAUCUUCAUCCAUAUCGAGCGUAUCGCGCCUUCGAUCGCAUCUCAUCUCGCGAUAGGAAGAAACCGGUCAAGAUCUCGAUUAAUUCGCCGCAUACUCUGACGAUAUUUACCAUGGUGUCGCUUGUGCUCGGCGUCGUGGUAGGAUCCACAUUCCGUGGUACUACGCCUAUAGUUACCCCAACCCCUGUCACCACCAUGGCACCGGCCGCUUCAACACCAUUCCUUUGGGCACUCCUUCACCCUGUCAUUAAUCAUUCAUAUGAAUCGAUUCCAGCAAAGACUGAGUCAACAGCAAUCUCGAUCCAGUCUUCUCUGAAAGACUUCGCCCUGUCAGUGUUCAACCCAGACUCUACGUCGGUUUCUAUCUCUAAGGAAACCCCUACAUCGGGGUUCCGCUGCGCGUCUUCCUUUUCGGAGAAGUUGAAGCUUUCCAAGGAUGUCAUCCUCCGUCCAACUUCUUCCCUCGUGUCUUUGGAAGGAAGCACCAAGUCGCUCUCUGUCAUUCCUAGCAUGUCAUCCUCACAGCCUCAUGUGGAAGAGGCAGUGCCAACUGCGUCUUCGUCCGCACUUACAGCCUCUACUCUUGGCUUGAGUUUCCUGCAGGACUCUCUGCCCAAAUUCGUGGACGCAUAUGCGCCUGCUGUUCUCGCUGCUGUCAAUGCUGAGAUGCAAGAUAUUAUCGACGCUCUCGAUUCCCUCGUCCAAGCCAUUUCCCGACAAGCUCAUGUCAUGAUUGCCCAAACCAAUGCGCUCAUCGAAUAUUCGACAGCGCAAUUUGAGCAAAGAGCUCCGGACCUUGAGGUCAUCAGGGAUGCUUUUAAUGCCCGUAAUGAGCAUGCGCAGCGUCGUGCAAGGGAGCUCAAGGAUCAAGGGGCUAAAUGGCUUUAUGACACUGGGGAGGCUCUCGUGAACCGAGCUUCACGUGCCAGCGGGAAAGCCAAGGAGAUCGCAGAGGACAUGGAGCAAAUCUGGGCUGAGUCGAGGGAGAAAUGGGAGGUGUGUAAGAUGCGCGGUGGGCGGAAGCGCUCUGGGAGGCAGACAAGGAGGGGUUUUGAUAAGGGGAAGAAAUGCGGGAGUCGUUCGAAGAAGUGCAGUGGCGGUGGGUGGUUAACACAUGCUCACUACUAUUGAAAGCGUUUUUAUGUUACUGAUUUCAUUCACUCCAUGGUAUCUUGUAUGACGUGUACAUUAUGUAUGAAGACUGUAUGAUUGAAUAACGACUGGUCGUAUUGGUUCA